AUGUCACGCCAGCUCUCUACUAUCCUCACAACGACAUUUGCCCUCCUAGAUCAAUUCCAAGACACACUAUCCCCCAAAUCCGCCGCGCAAGCCGCCCAGUCCACCCCGAAAGACGCAGAUGGCCUGCCCCUCCUCUCCGCAUCAUGCUCUGCCCUCAGGGCGCAAGUGACCAAACUCUCGCUACUCGCAAUCACAAACCCAUUCACCCACUCGGCAGUCAGCGGCAUCCUCCGUGAUGUGAACGACUCCAUCCUGCCCUCGCUAGUCACCGCGUCGCUUCUCGUUACUCCAACAGCAUACACGAAAGCAUUCCAUUCCGAGGUCCUGCUUCUGGCGAAAGCGGCUCUCGUGGAAUUUUCUUCUCUGUUACAGGAGGUUAAACGCAUCGCGGAUAAGAAAGAUCUGCAGAAAAAUGAUAAUAAAAAAGAGAGCGAGCUCACCCAGUCGGACAAAAAUGCCGUUACAGUCGCCACAGGCCGGACAUGGGAUGCCUGCGACGCAGUGACGAAUGUCGCAAAUAAGGGUGUCGUGGGGUUUGUCAUCUGCCGCGUUGAGCAAUGGAGGGAUCUUGUGCGCGACGCAGUGGAAGAAAUUGAAGAUUGGGACCCAGAGGACGAUGGUGAUGGGUUCUUUGAUGGGAUUAUGGAUGAUGAUGACGAUAAGGAUGACGACAAAGAUUCGGAGGACGACGAGGAGGAUAAGGAGAAUACUGUCGCGUUGCAGGAGCAAAAGAAGGCGACUAUUCGCUUCCUCAAGCCUGUUGCGCAGAUCUAUCCCGCGAUUAUCAGCAAUCGGCUCAAAAAUACUGGCAACACGCCUCUGUCUUCUGCGUCCAUGAUCACCAAGCUGGAGUCGUUGAUGCUGAAUCUCCAACGUAUCCCUGACCAAGUGGAUGAAGCUGCUGGGGCUUUGUACGAGGCAGAUGUGGAUAGAUCAGUCGAAUAUUUGAAGGAGAUUAGGAAAUGUGCUGCACAAGCUGUGGACUCGGUUGCUUCACCUUGGGAUGCAUCCGCUGGAGCGGAAGACAAGUUCACGGUCUGGUCAAAGACGUGGCUCAAAGUCAUGGAAGAAGUCAGCAAGCCAAUUUGCUCUGCUACGACUGUUGAACAGACUUAG